ACCGGUUCAAGAGCAGAGUGUAUGAGCACCAGAUAAGCUCACCAAGUCAAGACACAGACUCUUUGUUCUCACCACCCAAACAACCUCAUGGCCACCACUUCUCACCUCUCUUUUUCUUUCGUCCACCCUCGCAUCUCUUCUCCACGUCAUCACCACCACCACCUUACCCAGUUGUUCUCAAUUCAAGCUCAGAGUCGACUUUCCCUGAAAACAACCACAAGAACUGAGGCUAUGGGAAGUGAUCUGUUGGGUGAUUUUGGAGCCAGAGACCCGUUUCCAGCAGAAGUAGAAAGCGGGUUUGCAGAUAAAGUUUUGGGAAAUGUUGACACUGAGCACAAGAUACUAAUUCCAAAUUUUUCUGCUCUUUCUCUUGCUCAACAAGACUGCUCUUCCGUGUCUCCUUUGCAGAAUCCGAUGUCCAUAGAUGAUGCACAGAAGUUGUUGAAGAAGGUUAUUGGCUGGAGACUUUUGGAGGAAGAGGAUGGACUUAAACUUCAAUGCUUGUGGAAGUUGAGAGAUUUUAAAUGUGGGGUUGAACUCGUGAAUAGAAUAUACAGGGUUACAGAACCUACAGGCCAUUUCCCAAAUCUCCACUUGGAACAGCCAAAUCAAGUUAGAGCUGUAUUAUGGACGUCUUCCAUUGGAGGCUUGAGCAUGAAUGAUUUCAUUGUAGCUGCCAAAAUAGAUGAAAUAAAAACCUCAGAUCUUGUUCCACGAAAAAGAAUUUGGGCAUAGGUGGACCAUAAUAUUUCUUCCAAGAAUAAACUCUCGUCUGUCUGCUCUUGAGGUCUUUUUCAGCAAUGCGUGUGCCACAAUUUUUAUGAGAACAAUAUUUUUCAUCCCAUUCUUACUCUAUAAAUGGGUCCAUUUAUUUAUUUGUUU